ACAGAGCCGCAGCUAUCCCAAAGUCCAGAAGUGAGAGACAGGACCUCUCUUUGGGCCAAAGGAAGAGAGCCACCUCAACAACCGGCUUCACAUCCCUCUGGUUUGAGCUGAGUUUAGGUGAUAUCCACCUGUUGCCACUCUCAUGAGCAGAAUGGAAUCUAAAGAAAGCACCCGAAGUGCAAACAAGACUGAUACCAAGACUGCUAGCUCAGCAAAGUCUGAGAAACCUCAUUCUGGGCCGGCGGCAAGUGCUGAUAAGAAGGAAGCACCCAAGGAGCAGCCAACUCCUGCUGCCACCACCCCUGCAAAAAAGGGGGCCACAGCACCCAGUGAGGCAGCCAUGCUGAAUGACCAUAGCAACCUGAAGCCUACCACAGUGCCAGCAGCCGAGGGGCCUGAGGCCACUGCCCAUCCUGCCAACUCUGAGCAUAAAGAGAACAGUGCGGAAGAGUUGCCAGGAUGCAGCAUGUUUGAGAACAUCAAGCCCCUGCUCAUCUUUGGGGGGGCAGCAGUAGCUGCCAUAGCUGUGAUCGUAGGAGUAGCCAUCCUAGCUCGGAAAAAAUAGGAAACCUAAGGAGUGCAGGGAACAGAAUUUCCCCCGGGUUGUGUACUGUUCCUUUUGACAUCAGUGCAUGCAAUCACUUCUAUACAUACUUAUAAAUAUGCAGUAUAUAGCAAGAGAGAGAGAUAGGUAGGUCUUGCUUAAGGUUAGUAUGCCAGGGUCCUGAAAAAAAAAACAG